CGCUAGCAGGAGGAAGAUAAUGCAAAGUGCCAUGUUCCUGGCUGUCCAGCACGACUGCGGAUCCAUGGACAAGAGCUCCGGCAACAGCCCCAAGAGCGAGGAGAAGCGGGAAAAAAUGAAGCGGACCCUGUGAGUAUGGCUUCUCUCCCGCCACUCGCUGCGGACCUGGCUCUCCUGGUUGCUGCAAAGGCGAUACAUUCCGGCUCGGUUUUGAUUGACAUUAGGAAACUGUGUAACCUGCGCUUCUGCAGGGGGGAAAAAAAUGUGGAAAAGAUUAAAAGAUUGGAAGACCCGUUUGAGCUACUUCUUGCAAAAUUCAUCCUCUCCUGGGAAGCCCAAAAAUGGCAAGAAAAGCAAACAGCAAACGUUCAUCAAGCCUUCCCCUGAGGAAGCACAACUGUGGUCAGAAGCAUUUGAUGAGCUGCUAGCCAGUAAAUAUGGUCUUGCUGCAUUCAGGGCUUUUUUAAAAUCUGAGUUUUGUGAAGAAAAUAUUGAAUUCUGGCUGGCCUGUGAAGACUUCAAAAAAACCAAGUCACCCCAAAAACUGUCCUCCAAAGCAAGGAAAAUAUAUACUGAUUUCAUAGAAAAAGAAGCUCCAAAAGAGAUAAACAUAGAUUUUCAAACCAAAACUCUGAUUGCUCAAAAUAUACAAGAAGCAACAAGUGGCUGCUUUACAACUGCUCAGAAGAGGGUCUACAGCUUGAUGGAGAACAACUCUUAUCCCCGUUUCUUGGAGUCAGAAUUUUACCAGGACUUGUGUAAAAAGCCUCAGAUCACCACUGAGCCCCAUGCCACAUGAGAUGAGAAAGGGAGCCCAAAAGUGGAGGACAUUUCAUUUUUUUCCUAAGGGGAAAGGCUGUGACCUGCCAGAAAGACUGACCUUGAAUUUAGCCUGGGUGUUCAGGAAACAUCACUCAGAACUAUUGAUUCAGAGUUAGUGCAUCAGGAAGGUGGUAACUGUCUAGGAGAAGCUUGUAUUGGGACAGCUUCCAUAGCUGUGUCCAGGACACAGGGAGAAAGUGGUCUACAUGUGGUGUGUCUCAUACUGGGAAGGCAGAAAUAGGAAUGUGAGACCCCAAGUUAUGAUGUGAUACUGUUGGUCCAAAAGCAUUUAAAAAUCAAUAGGUCUGGGAUUAUGUGGCCUUAGCUAGCUGGCUCUAUAUCUUUCCCUAAAUCAGUCCAUGUUACCACAUAGUGGUGGUUUUAGUUUUAGUUAUUUAGGAGUAAGUAAUGUUAAAAUGUUUACUGUGUGCAAGGGUGUUGAAGUUCUUAUGACUAUAGAUCAUCAGUACUGUUGUCUCAUGUAACACUAAAACUGAAACGGUCUGUAUUUGAAUUGUUACGUGGUAUAGUAGAAUGAGUGCUGUCAUGUAGGGAACUACAUUGUCCAUGAUGAGUGCCAAAACUGUCCUGAAGGCAGCUAAACUUUGACGUGUUCUUUGAAUACAUUUAAUAAAUUUAUUUUGAUAAAUAA